AUGAGUCCGUCAGCUGUUAGAGUUUCCCUGAGCGGCUCCAGAAGUCCGAGCCCCAUCCUCGACGCCGAUCUCCAUGACCUUUUCCCUGCCAACUCACAGCGUUUUUCAAAGCGUCACGGCGCGCCUCACCCGCCUCUGGCCCGGCAGGGCCGACUUGGUCCUGGCCGCGUUGGCCUUCCUCCCAUGUUGGGCUCUCGUCUACCCACGGGGCCUGGCGUGGCCGUUCCGAUCAGUCAGGGCACCCACGAAACCUAUUCUCCUCUCAGCGGCAGGGAGGUAGAGGAUAUCUACUACUUCCGCGACGGCGUCUCCGAGUGCCAGUUUGCCGCCAUUGGUGAACUACAAAACAUCGAAGAAGCAACGCCACUCCUGUCCGUCUUCGGCAUGGAUAUCGGCUUGAGGAUAACUGUUGACUUGUGCGUUGGCCGUAUUUUGUCUGUUCGCCUUGCGAAGACGGGCGAUGAGAGAAUAGGCAUGCAUGGAUUGCAUCGCCUGGGUCAGGCGCACACGUCAUCAAGCAGGAGCGUGCCCCAGGAGCAUCGCCAGCUGUACAAAUCCAAGAAAGGCGAUUCGAUGAAUCUGCCUGGGCAGACCAACAUUCGCUUCUUCCCCGAGAAGGGAGACAAGAACGGCAACUGCGAGCCUGGCACGGUGGUGGAGAACCGUUUGACACUCUUUUCUCCCACCAAGACGGCAGGCACAUUCUUCUCGUUCUCCCUCUUCCAACUCUGCGAGCCGUGCACGCUGGUGGAGAAAGAGGUCACCCAUCCCUUCCACUACGACAUCUUCCUGAACUCGCAUCAUGCGCUCCAUCUCUUCGCGGCCUUCCCGGAGAACACAUCCCAGUCUCAGUCCUCCGCCGCCGCAAUCGCAACGCCACAGAACAUGAAGGCAACAAGCACAGCGGCCACAGGCAUGCCGUCCAUGGCUGCCAUGUGCGCCUCAGUCGACACCGCCUGGCCGCACACUCCUCCACAACACACCCAGCAGCCCCAGGUGCUUGACCCGAGUUCUACGCCUCUGUGGACACAUUUUCGCUUCGACUCGACGCGUCUGACGUCUAUGAGCCUCACCGACGCCUACCUCAAGACCGACAUCAGCAGCACCUUUGCCAUUCGAGGCGGCUUCAACACCGAAGGCACCAGCAUCAGGGUCGCCAUCAACCAGUAUCCCGUCACCUGUCAGAGGCCAGAAGGGUCCACUUGUGCACGUGCCGCUGACCGCCUGGAUAUGGCCAGCUCUGUGCGGGAUUUUUACCCAGAUUCCAGGAUCGCCAAUAUGGAUGUUUUCCAGUACGACAUUGCCCUGAACCCACCGGCGCCGUCGUUUACGACAAGGUCUGUCCAUCGGGAGCUACUUUGUCGCUCCGGCUCGGGCUCGGGCUCAGGCUCGGGCUCCGGCUCCGGCUCAGGGAUCCUUGAAUGGAUAUUGGAUGUUCGCAACAUUACAUCCCGUUCCCAUUCUCGGAACGACCUGGGCCGCAAGCUUGGUGGCGAGAGGAAGAACGUCUUUCACAUUACCAUCAGGCCCACUAGCAAAGUUCGUCUCCAGUCUCUGAGGGCUUACCUCGAAUCCUCCAUUUCCAAAGGCAGGUUCCAGUGGCGCACUGGCUUCUUCAGGCGAAUGCCCUUUUGGGUUGUUCUGCCCAUGAUCAUCUGGGCUUACUUCAACCCAACAAAAGACAAGAGCGAACGCUAG